CCUAGCCUUUCGAUAGGGCGGUUCAUCUUUUCACGGUAUAUAACCAAUGUCUGCCGUCCGCGACCGAUGUCCGUGAAAUCGGAACCUGCAUCCCUCCGUAAAGAAUUUUUUUACUUGAGAGCACUGGCCUACCCGGUACCUCGUCGUCCGGUGCUUAGGAAAAUUAAGAGGUCCGUGAGCCCACCAAAAGUAUCAUCAGAAAAAAGAAAGACCUCAUGUCGUGAACGAUAUGAGCCUAGGUUGACAAUUUGGCACAUCGCAGACAGAGAAUUUACAUGCAGAUACAAUCGUGGGUUAGCGUGGAUCGUCUGUCAAGUCUUGAACUGGGGAUGAAGAUGUUUUCCUCGCGCCGUCUUCGUCAGUUUGUGAAUUAUGGGCCCUGAGCGGAUGCAAAGUCGGCUCUCGUUCCUGGUUCGUAGCCCGAGGACUGCGACAAGCGCAACGUUGAGAGGUCUUCCGAAGGAAUUUCGUGUCUUGGUCUCUUGGUCAACAUGGCCGUGAUCGAGGAAUUCAGCGAGCUUUGCCGGCUCUGCGCUGGUAAGACGAGCCUCAGCCUCGGUCUUCCGAUUUUCGAGACUGAAGGUGAGAUGCGGCACAUAGACGAAAAGAUCUCCGCCUGUCUUCCUGUCCAGAUCUCCAUGACGGACAAGCUGCCAAAAUUGGUUUGCCAGGAAUGCGCCUACAAGCUGGAUCAGCUGUACAACUUCAGAGAGAAAUGUCUUCAUACAGAGGGGAUGUUCGUCGCCAUGCUCAAGGGUGUUCAUGUCGACGAGAGUCAUUUCAAGGAGGGUUGUGGAGAAUCGGAUCAAAUGCAGGCCAUGCAAGUGAUGGAUGAUAUGGAUCUCGCCGGCGGAGAACAGGUAGUUUCUCAAGAAGAGAUGUGUCAGCAUGGCGGGGAAAUUCAAGUUGCUGGUAUAGAGCUAGACGGUGAUACAGUACGAAUGGUUGACCAGCACAUACGUGACAUGCAGGAUGAGGUCUCUAGUCAGCAGAUUACGAUGCAUCUGGAAGGAGAUGUGACGGUUGUGAGUAACCUGACUGUUGGGACCGACCUCAGCCAGCUGGACAUAAACUAUGUGACAUCAAUCAGCCCACAGAAUCAAGACUGUCAGGAUACAUGCCAAAUGGAACGGGUACAAUUCUGCAAAGAUAUAAAAUUUGAACCUGUUAUUGUGAAGGAUGAAUAUCACAGGCUGCAAGAACGACUCUCUACAGAAUGUUCGACAGAAGCUAAUGAGACUGACGAAAGAGAAAAUGGCAUGCACCAACCAGAAAGUGAUAGUGAUAGUGAGGUGGAUGCAUCGGUCGAGAACGAGAACGAGAUGGAGACACGAACUGAGGAUGGAACUGAGGAUCCCUUGCAAUCCGGAAUAGCCCCGUCAACAAGUGGACAUAGUAAUCUAAGUAGCAAUGCAAGUGAAACGCCUGUGGAAUAUACUAAAUCAGCUAAAGCAUCACUGCUACAAGCAAUUCUGACCAAUCCUAGUAUAGAUGAGACAGGUAACAGUUGGUAUGUCUGUCGUUUGUGCAACGAAGCAGCCACCGAACCUUCCAGCCUUGCGCAACACUUUGAGGUUCAUUUUUGCAGCUGUGCAUGUGGUAUAUACUACACAAGCGUCGAGGCUCUGAAUAUCCAUAAGCAGCACUGCCAGAUGAGUAAGAGCAAAGAGGUAUUAUGCACAACUGAGCCAUGCAGUGAUAUUGCAACAAAUCCGGAGGAACAAAAAAAGCCUGGAACAACAGCUAGGCAAAAAUGGACGCCAAAAAUUUGUACAGAGUGUGGAAAACAGUACAGAACUAAUUACAAACUUCAAGAGCACAUGCGAAAGCACACUGGUGAGAAACCGUUUCAAUGCCUACUCUGUGAGAAGGCGUUUCGUAGUAAAAUUGGUCUCGCCCAGCACACGGCAACACAUACGGGACAGUUUGAUUAUACUUGCUCAACUUGUGGCAAAGGAUUCCAGUGCAAAAGCUACCUCAUAGUACACCAGCGUGUGCACUCAGACCUAAAACCCUAUCCUUGCAGUACAUGUGGUCAAAACUUCAAGACGAAACAGUCGCUGCUAGAUCAUCAAAAUCGACACCUGGGUGUCAAACCGUACAUGUGCGACAUAUGCGGUAAGGGAUUCAUAACGAAAGGACUGUGCAAAAGCCAUCAGAAAAUUCAUUCAGGAAAGGAUAAUCGUCAGUAUCCUUGCAUGGUCUGCAACAAACUGUUUGUUAGUAAAAGCUACCUGAAUACUCACCUUCGUAUUCAUACUGGUGAAAAGCCGUAUAAAUGUGAGGUAUGCGGAAAGGGUUUCCUCACGCGGGUUGACCUCAAAAUUCACUCCACAAUGCACACCGGUGAGAAGAGUUUCGUAUGUGAGAUGUGUGGCAAAGCGUUUGCUCGUCGUGCGGCUCUCCGAUGUCAUCGCCGAUCGCAUACCGGUGAGCGGCCCUACAGAUGCGACGUAUGUGGAAAAACAUUCACUCAGUUCAGUCCUAUGGCGAUACACAAACGUCUUCACACUGGUGAACGUCCAUACGAGUGCGAUAUUUGUCGCAAAGCAUUUGUAUCCAGGUCUACUAUGAUGUGCCAUCGCAAGAAGCACCAUCUUCCAUCGACUACAGAUCAGAAGGAGGAGGUGUCUGACCAAGUCAUGGAAAUUAUAUCGACUGAGAUUGUGGUCAGAGGGUCCCACGAUGGAAUACAGAUAACUGCUGAUUGAACCUGUGUACAGAUAAACUGUAAAAAAAAUGAUACAAAAAUGGGGGUGAUGAGGGCAACAGCAAACUCAUUGUCAGAGUCAACUCCAUGUUGGAAUCAUGUCUCUAGAAGACUUCAGUAUCUGAACGGAAUUUUCUAGUAACGUGACUUUGCUACAAUAUGAACUAUCAUUGAAAAUAUCAUCAUGUUCAAAAUAAGGAAUUUGUAAAAUAUUGUCCUCAUGUUUCUGCCAGAGUUUAAAGGUACUGAUAUUUUGGUUAGCCAAUACUGAACAGUAAAAACUUAUGCAUAUAACUUUCCAGAUUGAAAAUUUUUCUCUCUUGAGAUACAUAUGUUGGCGAUACUGUGUCCCAUGUUCUUAAAAAAUUAUUUUACGAGAGAUGUGACUGACGAAUAAUUGGCAAUGGUUUUAAUAUACCGUGAAUGUCUGUUGAAACAGAUCCUGUUAAGUCACACAGUCACCGCAGUAACCGUGUGGCUUGGAAUGGUCUAUUCCAACAAACAUUCACGGUAUGCAUAGAAUGUUGCAGGAGUGGAGCUUAAAAUUGGUAAACCUACCGCAAACCGAACACAAAUUUCCCUGCCAAGUCUGCUUAUUUUUAUAAAAACCAAGUUGUGUGUAUUUUCUACCUUCAUAUUAUUAAAAAAAAUUCUUAUAAUUGGACCUCAAACGUAUACAUAU